AAAAACAAGAAAAGAAAUAUUUCAUAUUAGAUAUAUUAAUAACAAAUAAAUUUAACAAAUAAAAAUUCGAUUACGUAAGGAAAGAUUUACAUAAGAAAUUGUCAAAGACAUUUUCCGUGAUAACUCGCCAACUACGUUCGUCGGUUCGUUGAAUAUCCAUUGUUUUUUUCCUUUUUUUUUUUCUUUUUUUAUUAUUGUCGAUGCCAUUGAGAAACCGUAUGGAUUUUCUACGCGCGUAUCGAUAUCGUUGCGACCGAAAUAUGGCACCGACGUGAAACGCGAGAUGCAAAAGAACGGAAGUACCUGUCGAAAGGUAACGGAUGAGAGUGGGAGGAGGAAAGAAAGAGAGAGAAAAAGAGAGGGAAAGGAAAGAGUACAGUAACGUCGCGAUUUCACGUGGGUGUUACUCGGACAAGUCAUAUUUUAACAAUAGUCUACGAAACGUGCGAAAUCUUUUCCUUUUGUUUUUUUAUUAAUUUUUUCUUUUCUCUUCUCCUUAGCUUUUCUUUUAUUUCCUUUUAUUUCCUUUUCUUUUCUUUUCUUUUCUUUCGUAUUUCAUUGAAAGAGAAUCGUUUUGUCUUCGAACAUAUAUACAUACAUACAUAUAUACAUACGUACAUACAUACAUACAUAUAUACAUACAUAUACACAUUCACACAUAAAUACACAUAUACGAGACUCGAGCGUGUGAAGGGAAGAUAAGUGUUCGUGAAAUUAGGACGAAGCGUCUCGCUCAAUUAUGAUUCGAGGAGGGAGAGAGUGGUCUGUUAAAGCUUGUGAUUACUUUCCGAGUUAAUUACUCGACGCGAGUUUAUCGUCACUGAAAUCGACGGAUGGAGCAGCGAGAAAUCAUUCGAAAAGUUUAACGAACGCGUUCGCUGCGACAACGUAAUAAUCGUUCGUUCGUUCGAUUUCGUACGAUCGAAACGAAUUCGAAAUCGUCUUUGAUCGAUAUUUCUUUUCUUUAUUUUUUUCUCUUUUCUUUAUCAAACUUAUACGCAACAUGAAUUUGUUCCAACGAGAAAGUUUACAAAGCGAGUUUCUGCGAGUUUCUGCGAGAAAUCGGUCGACUGUUAAAUACCGAUAAUUCGUGAUAUCGGGAAAUUAUUAUUUUUGUACGAUCGCUUGCAUAUGGCCGUACAACGAUUAUCGACUACGCCCGAUAAAAUAUUAUUACGUUAAAAACAUAAUAUCCAGAGAUUUUAUUAGACUCGUUUACUCUCUUUUUCACUUCUAUUUCUUUUUCUUUAUCCUAAACUUUCAUUUAUCUUUUUCGAUCCGAAUAUCAUAGAAACAAAAUCAUUCGAUGGACAUUAACUUCGUGAUAAAAAUAAAAAUAUAAAACAAGAAGGAGAUAGAUCGACGGACUCGAAGGAUGAUAGAAGAAAGAAACGAUAGAGGAAGGACAGUGGGAAGGAUUUUUCUUGGUGAACGAAGAGAAAUAUAAAGGAAGAAUAAAAUUGAACAAGGACGGACGUUGAAUAAAUAAAACUAAGAAAGAAGGAUAGAGUCUAAGAUAUUCGAAGAAUUCUAAUCCUCGAGACUACGUUUUCGAUCUCUCUCUCUCUAUAUAUAUAUUGCUUGCGUUUCUUUUUUCUCUUCUGUAUUGAAGAGGAAAAACAGAAAAAAAGAAAAAAGAUAAGACAGCAAGAGAGAGAGAAGGAGAAAGACAUCGAUAAAAGGAGAUCGUUCGAAGAAUGCCCGAGGGAUGAAGGCAAAAGUAUCUCGAAAAGAAUUGGAGGAUCUUUUUAGCGAGGGUGCGCGUUUCCGGGACACCUCGCAACAAAUACACAAACAAUGGCAGGCCGAUCCAGCGAGAGCAUUUCCGACCGUCGGCAGUGUUGCUACCACCGUCGGUGGUGGUUCGCCGUCUCCAGCAUCGGGUGACAUUUCAACCCCAAACUCAACACCCAGUCCGAGCCCUAGUCCGACCAAUGGUCAACAAGUAAUGCACAAUGGAGGUUACGAAUCGCAAACGAAGAACGUUAACACCAUCGCGAGAAACAAACAACAACAGCAAUUACUUAUGCACCAACAGCAACAACAGCAACAUCAGUUAUUACACCAAGAACAGGUACAAGGAGUUCAAUCGUCGGGGACGCCCGCGAGGACGCCUGGCGUCGGCGCAGAUUCGUCUAGCGUCGAUGUGGGAAAGGGCGUCGGUGGAAGGGUCACGGAAGUGAUGGAAUUGUGUUAUGUCACGGAAAGGAUAAUCGCUCUUUGGUAUCGAGAAGAUGCACAAGGUGUUCUGGAACAUGCGACGACUCUUUUAAGAGGCAAACAUGCCGAUAAUUAUAUGAUAUUCAAUCUAUCAUCGCCAGGACGAGCAGGUGAAUCGAAUACAAGAGAAGCCGGAUGGCCUCAAGGUUUGGCACCAAGUUUGGAAAGAUUAUGCGCCCUUUGCAAGGAGCUGGACUCCUGGUUAAACGGUGUUCCAAAUCGUGUUGUUGUUUUACACGCAAGGGGUAACAAGGAACGAUUGGGCGUGGCGGUCUCGGCUUACAUGAAUUACAGCAGCAUCUGCGGUGGACGCGAUCAAGCUUUGGACAGGUUCGCGAUGAGAAGGUUCCUCGAUGACAAGAUCGGAUCUCUGCAAGUUCCAUCACAUCGAAGAUACAUAGAGUACUUCAGCGGAUUAUUGUCUGGCUCAUUGAGAAUCAGUCAAUCUCCUCUUUACUUGACACACCUCACAGUACUCGGAGUGCCACUCUUCGAGCCUACCGGAUGUCGAGCGUUCCUCAAAGUCUACGAAGGAUUGACGCCCGUUUACACAUCGGAUUUGUACUCGGUGACGAAUGCUCGUGAGUUCACGGUUAAUCUCGGUGGUCUUCGCUUGAGAGGAGACAUUCUCGUGAAAUGUUAUCAUAGGGUAUAUUCCAAACAAAGCCGAGAAGUUAUGUUCUCGCUACAGUUCCACACAUGCGUCAUCACAGAAAACGUUGUGUCAUUUCCCCGUUCGGAACUUGACGUUGCUUGCGAAGAUCCACGAUGUCCACCCGAUAGUGUUGUGACCCUUUACUUCGCAACCGAUGCGAAACGUCAGGAUGGCCCAAUUCCGGCACCAACACCCGCUGUGCCUCAUGCCUCGGCUCAUCACGAUCCCAUCCUCCAUUGGGACAGCUACACGAAUCUCGAGAUAAGCGAUGACGAAGGCCGCGAGACACCGUUGUCACCACCGCCACCAUCGAGUUCAUCCGUUCAAACAUCGCCACGUGGGUUAGGUUACACCUGUGGACCUAUAGAUGGAUCCUUAUACGCAGUGGUACACCAGGGUGCUGCAGGUGGUGCUCGCGGUUCACCACUGACAGUUUCCAUGGACAGCGGUAUCAGCAGUGCUCCACCUCAAAGACCAAGUCCACCUGAACACGAGCCGGAUAAUCAGGCUCACGGUGAUCUUGAUAAACUUCUUCACGAUAUGAUGCUCACCGUUGAGUCGAUGCCAGACCCUCCUACGGAGGAUUAUGCUCGACCGGAUAGAAACGAGAAGAUUUACGUCCAAGAAAAUCGUAGUUACAGUAGUCACACCAGUAGUAGCCAUGCGGCAUCAACGUAUUCGACCUUGAAGGAUUCCUACAGGAGUUAUAGCGUCGCCAAAGAAUCCAGUCCGCCUUACAACUCUAGCAGUAGCUAUAGCACGUUAAAGAACGAAUAUAGAGAUAGCCCGAAAAACACGGAACACCGUCGAGAGGAUUACGAGUACCGUGUUUCACCGGAUCGCAAAUUAUCCGAAUCAACUGCAGAGAUUUAUGGUAGAAAGCAACACGUCGAUUCCUUCUCUCCAUCUGGCAAUAUCGACUUUAUCGACGAGGACAUUCCUUAUCACGCGAGACAAACGAGUCAACCGUUCUCUUACGGUGCAACAACCGACAUGAUCAAACAUCAAAAAUUAUCAUCACCGUCCUUGGUAAGAAAAGCAUCGGUACGUGGUACAGCACCGGUCGUAGACUUCGAUGAGAUUCUCGGUGAUGCGAAUCCGAGACGUCCGAUCAGCCCUCUCAGCCCAAAUACACCAGAUCCACCACCAGAGUUCGCGAAUGGUCCUGUCAAAACCACCCCCGAUCACGUCGACGGAUUAUCUUGGCUGAGGCAACAACAAUUGAAACUUGCUGCGAGGAGAGACGAGAAAAGUCCUAAAACAAUAUGGCGACAGGAAACUGGGAAUCGUGUUAUCGGAGAACUUCGGAGUUAUCAAAGGGGAAGAUUAAGGCAUGACGGUUAUGCCAGCGAUUCGGCGGUACUCGACGACGACGACGAUACAUGGAUACCAAGUUCCAUUUCUAAUCAGACCCAAUCGAAAACGACUCCUUACACCUCAGCACCGGCGAGUCCUUUGCUUCCGCAAAGAUCGAGUAGUCGUAAGUACAAUGGCAGCGCUAGUAGCGGUAUUCUCGGCAGACCAAGAGCCGAAAGCAUGAACGAACGACCAUUCGUCUCUGUGAAGAGAGCUUACGAGUAUCGAAAGUACAGCGACGGUCAGAGCCCUCCGUCAUCCCCCCGCGCAGUAUUUGCAGCCGAUCCACCCUUAAGCACAGGAAUGCAACGUCGAUCGGGUAGUCCGGUCAACUUGGAGAAGCAACAACCACCUCGUCCAGAAUCUAGAAGCGAUAGUUUUGCACGUACCGAUGCCUUCUUGCGUGAGCAUAGACAGCAACAACAGCAAUUCUUACAACAUCAACAACAACAACAACAACAACAGCAGCAGCAGCAGCAACAGCAACAGCAACAGCAGCAGCAACAACAACAGCAGUUGCAGCAGCAGCAACAGCAACAACAACAUAACAACAGGAUGAACAACAUUUCCAACACCAUGGAAAAUGGUCACGAGCAAAGCAAACAAACAAUUACUCACGAGAAAAGUUUUGGCACUUUGGCUAGACCGUCGAGACCGGAGUCGAGAAAUCGUGUAACAACGACGUAUCAAAAUUAUUCGAGAAAUUACAACAACAAUACAACAACGAUAACGACAACAACAACACCAACAAUAACUGCAACAAUGACAACAAUGACGACAACGAUGACAGCAAACGAUAGAAGCAACAAUGGAAAUGGCCAAAACGAAGGAGGACUUUUGGCAGUGGUCGAUCAACAAACGUCUGCUCCUAAUCAAGGAGAUCCUCUCGUGAGCCUCAUUCGAUCACUGGCUGAGAUAUCGCCUAUUCGCUCACCCUCAUCCAAUUCCGCGACUAACAAGAUCGAGAAUGAUCAUGGUACAACUAUCGAUGCGACCGCGACAACAGUCACCAACAACGUCGCUAGCAUUGCCACUAAUUGUUCCCCUAACCAGUCGCCAAAAGCAUGGCAGAAUUGUACCCAGUCCCACAAUGACUCGGCGUCAUCGUGGACCGAGAGAAGCGUCAGUCCCGGAAGUACAGUCGGAGUUUCGAGACCGCAAACACCUGCAUUCCCUGUACAUCCACGUACUCCUUAUGUCAAUAACGCAUCGCCAACUGUAACCUUCGCCUCCGAUCGGGGCUAUGUCAUGUCCAACAAUAGUUAUAACAUCAACAACAACAAUAAUAAUAUUACCGGAGUAGAAGCGACAGGUGGAAACAGUAACAACAACAAUCUUGGGAAUUAUAAUGCCGAACGAACGAUCUACAUUGAGGAGCGAAGAGAAGUCUCUAAGGAAACGGGACUUCCACCCAAGAGUCCGACAACACAGCGACGCUUGAGUUUCCCGGCAAGCGGGCCGCUUAAACAAACGCAUAACAAACGAUGGCCGCUCACUAACCAAUCGGCGUCGUUCGACUAUAGCAAGGACCGACCUGUUUCUCCGAUAGGCGAAUCUGCGAUAUCACAGGCUCAAGCUAUUUCACAUAGCCCUGGUACUCCAACUCACGUUGAAUUUGCCCAAAGUCCGAAGAGUGCUACGUCUUACACAUCUAUCAACAGUGGUGGUCAGUCGUCUCCACAAGUGCAGUAUUAUGGAUCAAGACGUUCGAGUAUUCAUUCGAACAGUGAACCUCAAGAAGUCGCUGACAUAAAUGUUAAAUUCGUACGAGAUACCAGCAGGAUCUGGUACAAACCAAAUAUAUCUCGAGAACAAGCAAUUUCGAUGCUAAAGGAUGCCACACCGGGUACGUUCGUAGUAAGAGACAGCAAUUCUUUCCCGGGUGCGUUUGGUUUAGCAUUGAAAGUGGCAAUACCACCACCUGGUGCGCCUAGUAGUCCUAGAGAUCCAUCAAGCGAACUCGUCAGGCAUUUCUUGAUCGAGCCAACCUCACGUGGAGUCAGACUGAAGGGAUGUGCGAACGAACCAGUUUUUAGUUCUUUGUCAGCAUUAGUUUAUCAACACAGCUUGAUGGCAAUGGCAUUACCAUGCCAACUGUUAGUACCUGAACCAGAAGCUGCUGCUAGAGCUUUGGAUUCGCCCGCUACGAAUAGCGCACAACAACUUCUUGCACAGGGAGCUGCUUGCAACGUUCUUUAUCUUUUCACCGUCGACACGGAAUCCUUAACCGGACCUCAAGCUAUCAAAAAAGCAAUAAGCACUUUGUUCGAACAAAAACCUUUACCGAGUGCGACUAUCGUUCAUUUCAAGGUCUCAACUCAAGGUAUAACACUGACGGAUAACGCAAGAAAAUUAUUCUUCCGUAGACAUUAUCCUACAAACAACAUCAGUUAUUGCGGCCUAGAUACGGAUGAACGUACUUGGGAUUUCACCGGUGAAGAUACUGGACGCUCACUCAGCGCACAUCGUUGCUUCGGAUUCGUAGCAAGGAAACCCGCUCACAAAUCAGACAAUCAAUGUCACGUGUUCGCCGAGCUGGAACCGGAACAACCAGCAACGGCCAUCGUUAAUUUCGUCAAUAAAGUCAUGAUGGGCAACUCGAUCGCUAAAGCUAAUAUCGUAUAAAUUUAGAUUCGUCGAUCAUUACGUCGAUCAUUCUUUCAACCUAAUCGAUAUAUACAACAGGAAUAAGCUGGAUAAUGAUUUCGCAAUAAUGAAAGAUAUUAUAAUCAUCAAUGGGAAAUACUUGUCGUUUGAAAAACUAUAAGAAAUUAUUACACUUCGAAUUGAUGUUUGACUGAAAGAAAGAAACAAAAAAAAAAGAAAAAAAGAAGAAGAAAAAGAAAAAAAAAAGGAGAAGAAAAGAAAUUCAAAUCUUAAUUUAUUCUAUAAAUUCUAAAAAGGCGUAACUUGUCGCUUGAAAAGCGAUAAGAAAUUGUUACACUUCGAAUUAAUUAACGAACAUUUGACUGAAAGAAAAGAAAAAAAGGAGAAAAGG